GAUCAUGAUUCUAGUGAAAGCAUGGGGUGUUUGUUAUUCGUAAGGAUUUAUGUUUCCUACAGUUUGUGAUUAGGUGAGCCUAAUUAUGCUAUAACUGCAGUAUUGACUUUAAGACUUCGUUUUCAUUCUUGUUUUAUUUGUUGGUAUAAACGUGACUGAUUUGUACCAAUUUUCAUUCAUUCAAGGUGGCGGUUGGCGCGGGGAACUUGCGAGAUAGGUUCUUCAAAUUAACUGCUAAAGUCUGGAACCAGCUUUCUUCCGGGUGGGAAGUUAUUUCAGUCUCUCGAGCUACUCAUUACUGGUUUCCUACAUGGAGGUGUGUGUGGACAGCGUGGUCUCGGCGGUGAACGCCGCGAGGGGCGGGGCCUCCCGCCUGGAGCUCUGCGCCGCCCUGAGCGAGGGCGGCCUCACGCCCACGCCCGGUCUCCUCGAGAUCGUCAAGUCCUGCGUCAAGGUGCCCGUCUUCGUGAUGCUGCGGCCGCGCACCGGCUCCGACUUCGUGUUCUCCGGCGAGGAGGCGCGCAUCAUCAAGUGCGACGCCGCCGUCCUGAAGAAGCACGGGGCCGACGGCUUCGUGUUCGGGGCGCUGACGGCCGACGGCCGGAUCGAUGAGGUCCUGUGCAAGGACGUGGUGGAGAUCGUGGCGCCCCUGCCGGUGACCUUCCACCGGGCCAUCGACGUGGUCAAGAACCCCGUCUGCGCCCUGGAGACCAUCGUCCAGCUGGGCUUCGCCCGGGUGCUGACGAGCGGGGGCGAGCGCACCGCCUACGCCGGCCUGCAGGUCAUCCGCGAGCUGAUGGUGGCGGCGGGCGGCCGCAUCACCAUCAUGCCCGGGGCGGGGAUCAACUCGGACAACCUGGCCCCCAUCCUGGAGGUCACCGGGGCCAGGGAGUUCCACGUGUCGGGGAGGGUCCCCCUCAAGAUAUCGUGGAACCAGUCCAAGUGCAUGAUGGGCGUGGGCGACGACAACACCAUAUACGUCACCUCCUACGAGGUCGUGGCUCAGCUGUGGGACAUCUACAGGCAAACUAUAGUGCAGAAUUGAAGUGCGCACCUGUGAUCCGCUCUUACAACACGUUCAGUCUGCUGUGUUUCGCAGGGUGAAAAAAAUUAUGUCGUUGCUUUUGCAGCUUGUUGCAAUUUCCUAUCAAAUAAUUUGUGUGGCAAGAUACACAAUGCAAUCAAGUUUGGCUUUAUCAGUUUUGUAUGGUGCUGAGUUUUAGGAAUUUGACAAGCUUAAUCACAUUUUAAAUGUUACUGUCGUAUUAAUCAGACUGUUAUACCGUAUGAUAUCUUGUUCAUUACAAACAUUGGGUUGAAAUUACUGUAAUGGCAUUUUUCAGUGCCACCCAAUAUUUAAGCAAGGACAAUAUUUAAGAUUUUUUUUUUGUGAUUGGGCUAAACUAAUCUUAAUUUAUGAUGUUGUUAUUAUUAUUAUUAUGGAAACACUUGCUGAUAAAAAAUAAUAAAAAAUAACUAAAGUCUGUAAGACUCAAAUAAAAGAGAAAUUAUAAAACUGUCCAAAAAUUCUGUAUUUUGAGGAGCUGUGCCUUAACUUGAGGGAAAAUGGAACAAAGUGUUGGUCACUGACUUAGUGCCAAAAUAUUGAAUUUCUGUGCAGUUGCAUGUUUUCUGUUUUAUUUGCAUUUUUAUGUCUUAAAAUUAUAUCAGCAUUUGUUUUUGUAAAUAAUUUCUGCCAGAUGCAUUUUGUUAGUGUUAGUUUUAUUUUUGUGGGGUAAUUGAAGCCUAUCCUCUCUUUCAGUUGUGCAACUGAAAUUUAAUUUAUGUAUUAUGUGUUUAAGUUAUUACAGGGGAAUUAAAAUAUGGAAUCUCUAAUUAACUCUCCUGUUUAUUAUAAAGAUUUUUAUGUACUACGUUAAUGAAAUGUGUUUUUGAUUUUAACAAUACAUUUAAGUUUUAAACAAUUUUGUAUUGUCUGUCCGUGGUUCAAAUUUUUGUCUGUUAUUAACAUGGAAAUCAAUUCAUGAUUAGCCAAAACUGUUGGAAGAAAAAAAAUGUGUGGUUUUGCCUUUGUAAUGCAAUUUUGAUGCAAUUUUGGUAACUAAUUAACAUUAGUAUUGCAAUUAUGGUACAAUGAACCUUCCUACAGGAAGAGAUGUUCUGAGCCAAUAUUUGGCUUCAACAAUCAUGUCUGAUUUGUGGGAAUUUUAGAUAUUAUGCAGUGAAGAAAUUGGACUAAAGUAAUUUUUUUUCCUUUACCCAGCUGUGCAGACACAAAACACAAACUUAUUUAUUAUUGUCAUAUGUUGAAACUUUCAUAUGACUUGUGGUAAAAUAAAAUCAUUGAUGUGUAAGUGCGAAAACACGAUAUUAUGUGUGAAGCCAAGGCUUAAUAAGUGCAUAUCCGAGUUGCAACAAGCAUGAAUUACGGUGGCCAUAAAAGAAAAUUGUGUAUUAUUUUCUGUAAAUAUCUAAUUGAAAAUAAAUAUGAAAAGCAAUGAAAUAAAACAGAAAAAAAAGCUUAAAAUAGGUUUUAAAAAAACCUUAAGUUCUCUAAAGUUUUUAUGUUCCCUGUUUCUGGGUGCAUGAAGUUUAAAAAUUGUGUGAUACAUUUCUGCAUUCAUUUUGAUCCUGAACAUAUAUAGGGUAAUCUGAAAACAUUGCAUGUGUUUACACAGAUGGUAUGCAGUUAUCAUUCAGUAUAUAUAUGUCGUAGAUUCCUUCCAACCCUCAAACAAAUAUAUAUAUAUAUAUAUAUAUAUAUUUUUU